CUCCGGACUGCACACUAGAUCGGUGCGUCCAUUAGGGGGCUUUUCACCCCCUUGUGAUUUACCUUGGGCACUCGCGUGCCCGUCAGGGUCAGUUUUCGGCGAGAUAACUUUGUGAAAAAUAGUGUGAUAUGAUGUCUUAGAAGAGAUCGAACAAGCACCCAGAAGGGUGGAAGAAACGUGGUCCAGCUAACUAGUGUAGCAGACCUUGUGUGUUUGGAAGAAAACUGCUUGCCGUCAUAAUCCCGUUGAUCAUUCGGAGCAGGAUGACAAUGGAAGAUCGCACGGGUGGCAUCGACCGCGCCGCCCCCGCGACCUCGACGCCGGCCACGACGGCACUAACAUCGGCGUGCCCCGCGUCCAUCAGCGACGUCACGCCCGACGCCUCGUAUCCCCUGCAGCGCACCAGUAAACGCUCCUUCGACGUCGCCUUCCUCGUGGCGCCCGAUGAGAACCUGGCACGCCGUCAGAACGAGAAGCUGCGACUGGCUUCUGGUCGGAAGGAUCGUCCACGAAAUGAAUCAACGGAUAACAUCCUGGAUGCCGAUCGAUUGCCGCAGAAUCUCACCAUCAAGCACUACAACGACAACGAUUCCGAUCGACGGAGACUGCUACAUUGCACGGAGAAUUCACUGAGUCCACCCUACAUGUCACCCAGGACCCUGACGCCGACCCUGCCGGGAUUGUCCCCGGAUUCAGAUCACAGUAGACGAUACGCGCCUACGAUCCCCGGCGGUCGACUUCAGAAGACUCCGAGUCCGCCCACCUUCGUCAGUCAUCAGUCCAUACUGGUCGGUUGUCCAGAUGCAGAUCCUACCUCGGUCCUGGCGUGCGCGAAGAACGUUUACGAGACCGGCAUCCCAUGCGCUGCAACGACGACUGACCGCCAUGGUGAAUCCCGCAGUGCCUUCACCAAGGUAAACCUAGCGGGACAACGGGCAGUGAACGGGUACAGCGACGACGGCCAAGCAUCCUCCAGGUCGUCAAUGUCGCCGGACGACCAUGCGGCUUAUCAGACAGGCAGCGUGAGUCCGCCGGUGGUGACGUUGGCCGGCGCGACCAGCUACAAGUACGCACCAUUCCCCGCCAAGAUGGCGUACCCGUUUCUGACCGUGGGCACGGACGCCGGUCAGACCGGGCUGCUGGAGAACCUGAAGAUCCCGCAGAUCGUGCAACCGCCCAAGGUGCCCAGUCCGAAGGUGCCCACCUUCCGAUCGGACUUGCCACCGGUCUACUCAAAUCUCCCGUAUGGUCCCAUCUCCGUGUUCCCGCCGAUGGCGGACGCACUUGCUCGGCCGCGGUUCUUGGCGACAGCCGCCGGAGUGGCCGGCCUCCUGCCGCCGUCGUUUGCCGCUCUCGCCCUGCCCGCGCAGAACGUCUGCGCCAAGUGCAAUCUGUCAUUCCGGAUGACGUCCGACCUGGUAUACCAUAUGCGCUCGCAUCAUAAGAACGAGACCAUCGGCGAGGCAGCGAGGAGGCGGCGAGAGGAGAAGCUCAGGUGUCCCGUCUGUGACGAGAGCUUCCGCGAGAGGCACCACCUCACCCGGCACAUGACCGCACAUCAGGACAAGGAGAGCGACGGUAUCGUCGACCAGGUCGCGGUCAAGAGGAAGGCCACCCCGGUGCACAGCAAGUGACGACGAAAACUGCCGACCGACGACAACAUUCUGACGACAGGCUACUCCUUUGAGAAUUGAACCGCGGACAGGUAGCGGCAAAAACAGCAGCCGGUUUUUGAUAAUGACGAUGAAACUGUUUAUCAUCUGUUUAUCUCGUUGCAUCUCAGUUAGAUCGAAAGAGAUUCAGACCUCCUGCAGAGAGAAAGAUGUUGGAACUACGAAUAUCAGAAAUAAGCGAAUUUAAGAUCAUCAUUUCCUCGAUAGUUUCGCGUAUGCGAAGUUUUGCACGAAGAUUUGGGGCACACUGUAUUAGUGUACUCGCGGCACUUACAUUGUAUACGUGUAUGAUAAAGAAGAAUUUAAUGUCUAUAGAGAAAUUAAUAUCUAAUGACUGUACGUCAAUCGAUAUACAUGCAUACUCCAUGCACUACGAUCGAGACAUUCCCUGUCUAGUCAAUAUUAGGUAGGAACAAUUUGUAAAUAUAAAUUUAACUUCUUAAAAUAGCUAAACCAAAGAGUUAGUCGUACUCGGAGAGUCAAGUGUAAAUAAGUCGACAGCGUGUAUCUCUGUUUUCGACGAAAAUAAUUAGGCACGAUCGUGCCGAGCAAACAAUACUCAAACUUGAAGCAUAAAAUUCCAUAUUUCUUCAUUCUCAUUGUUUUCGGGAUAAACGGUUUAAUCGCAAACCGUAACUCUCGACGCGAAAUCAACCGUCGCGAUAAAGUAUCCGAGAAUCACGCAUAUUUGGUGAAAAGCGACGUGCUAAAAUUGUCAGGGGGCGAAAAAUAGUCGCGGUCGCGCGUAUCUCGAUGUGCUCGCAAAUUACAUACGGUCCAUUCGAACGACUCCAUUUCCAGGAUGCAGAAACUGAAAUAUUUGCCGCGUAUUUACGGCGGCAGGCAGGUGAAACAGGCUCUGGAUGCGGAGGAGUUGCGCGUGCGGGCGAGAGGAGGACCGGGUGAGUGAGAAGAGAGGAGGAACGGAGGACAGAGGGAGGAUUGGUGCAAGCGUGUAAAGCGCAUUUCGGCCGUGCGCACGGAGGUGAGGGCGGCGUGGCAAUAAAUAGAUCGUAAACCGUAACCCGCGUCACACACAAACCGUCGGAGCGCGCAUAAUGGUAGGAAACAAUGAAUGCCGUAAUCGGAAACAGUGCCGGUUUGUUAUCUGCCAUUUACACUCCAUUUAACUUCAAACGGCGAAUCGGCCGGCGCGCAUUCGCGUUUUAAAUACAGCCCCGGCCUCCAACCGCCGUUGAGUACCGCCCCCGCCGCCCCGUCGUCCACCUCUCUCGUCAUCGGGGGUGUGCGGCUUAACAUAGGGUUAAGCUGUCGCCGAGUGGCUUAAUAUUGUUCGAAAAUUACGUGAAUUAUCACGCUGCGUUCCCCGCCACAGCCGAGAGAAGACUUUUGUUCGCGCAUACGCUCGUAAAGCUUGACUCCAAGCUCUUGCGAGGAGCAUAAUAAAAUGAUAACUGACUAUAAUUUUUUAUUGACUCGUUUUCGCUCAGUCAUAUGGUUCACACUGCGCGUCUCGUAGUGUAAUGGAAUUUGGGAUAGGAGUAUUUAUAAGAACCGAAGAGAGAGGUGUAAUCAUUAAGGCACCCCAGCAGUAUUCUGUACAGCAAUAAUCGGAGUAGCUUGUAAAUAUUCAUAGUAGGAUUUUGAAUACCAAAGAGAUUACGAUUAUGAAUUAUGGGACUAUUUGUAAGUUGAUGUACAUCGAUAUUGAUUGAAGAAAAACCAGAAUCUCGAAUAUCGUAUAGAUGUUUAACGAUGAAUUCGAUAUUAUAUUCUAUAAUUGUCUCAUAUUGACAGGAAUAUUGAUUAAGAUAUCGCAACACGCGCGAAGUUGUUCUAGGAUUAAAUGUGUAACAUAUAUAUAAGUCUGUAUAUAAUAUAGCAAAUGAUUAAAAAUCUGCUCUAUAAAUAUAGAAAUAUCGGCGAGAAACGUUUUGUUUCGUUUUAUAGAAAUUGUUUUAUUCAGAUAUCACGUUGUACUUCCAUUUUGUUGUAAAUAUCACAUUGUACAUAAACACUGUAUGUAAUCUCGAGAUCGUUGUUAAUUAAUAAAAGAAUAUCCGUGACAUUAAA